UGCGAAGUUAACGUUAACGAAUGUGCAUCAAAUCCUUGUUUAAGUCGUGGAAAUUGCACAGAUUAUAUUGAUGGUUAUGUAUGUGGAUGUUAUGCUGGUUUUGCUGGUACAAAUUGUGAGACAAAUGUCAAUGAAUGUGUCUCUAAUCCAUGCAUUAAUGGUGCAACGUGUGUCGAUCAAAUUAAUGAUUACAUCUGCAAUUGUCUACUUGGUUUUACUGGUAAGCAAUGCCAAUCUAAUCUUGAUGAUUGUUUAGCGGGCUAUUGCCAAAAUGGUGCCACAUGUGUUGAUGGUAUCAAUAGUUAUCAAUGUAAUUGCGCUUCUGGUUGGGAUGGUGUUAACUGUACCAUUAACAUAAAUGAAUGUAAUUCAUCACCGUGCCUUAAUGGCGGUAGUUGCACCGACGACAUUAAUGGCUAUCAAUGUAGUUGUGCAUCUGGUUUUACUGGUACUUUAUGUGCUACUGAUAUCGAUGAAUGUAUAUCAGAUCCUUGCCUAAAUAAUGGCACAUGUGUCGACCAACCUAAUGGCUUUCGUUGUAAUUGCAUGUCAGCCUAUACUGGUAUAAUAUGUAAUGGCGAUGUUAAUGAAUGCACUUCUUCACCUUGUCGUAAUGGAGCUGUUUGCGAAGAUCGUUUAGGUGAUUAUUUUUGUAAAUGUCCUCCUGGCUAUACUGGUAAAGAAUGCCAAACCAAUAUCAAUGAAUGCACAAGUAAUCCGUGUCUUAAUGGUGCAACAUGCUUUGAUGCCAUCAACGGCUAUGUAUGCCAAUGUUCAAAUGGAUAUACCGGCACAACUUGUCAAAGCGACAUUAAUGAAUGCGCUAGCUCCCCAUGCAGUAAUGGUGGCACAUGUAAUAAUAUGUUAAAUGCAUUUAAUUGUACAUGUGCACCUGGUUACACAGGUUUACUAUGUACAAAUGAUAUUAACGAAUGUAUGUCAUCCCCAUGCAUGAAUAAUGGUACUUGUUUAGAUCAAGUUAAUGGAUAUGCCUGUAAUUGUGCGCCUGGAUAUAACGAUACUUUAUGCCAAAAUAACAUCAAUGAAUGUGUAUCUAAUCCAUGCCAAAAUGGCGCUACUUGUAUCGACGGUGUUAACGGCUAUGUGUGCUCAUGUGCUUCUGGUUAUAAUGGUAGCUACUGUGAAAACGAUAUAAACGAAUGUAAUUUUAAUCCUUGCCAAAACGGUGCAACAUGUUCCGAUAGUAUAUUAGGCUAUACUUGCACUUGUCCACCUGGCUUUACGUCGAUACAUUGUGAAGUUAGUAUUGAUGAAUGUGCGUCUAAAUUGAAUGAAUGCCAACUCUAUUCGCCAUGCAUGAAUGGUGCUACAUGUACCGAUGAGAUUAAUGAUUAUAAUUGCUCUUGUGUAGCAGGUUAUACUGGUAAAAACUGCUCUUCCAAUAUAGAUGAAUGCGCAUCUAAUCCGUGUAGAAAUGGCGGUAGCUGUACGGAUUCAAUCAAUUCGUAUCAAUGCAACUGUGCUAUUGGAUAUACAGGCAUCAAUUGUGAAACUGAAAUUAACGAAUGUCUAUCAUCGCCAUGCCAAAAUGGAGCAACAUGCACUGAUCUAGUUGGAGAUUACAGUUGUGCUUGCACAGUAGGAUUUACUAGCUUUAAUGGUACAAUAUGUGAGAAUGAUAUUAAUGAAUGUGCAAUAGCGCGUUGUUCAAAUGGUGGUACAUGCAAUAAUUUAAUUAACAAUUAUACAUGCAGUUGUAAUCCUGGAUAUACUGGUCGUGAUUGCCAAAUUAAUAUCAAUGAAUGUGGUGGAGUAAUUUGUCAAAAUGGUGGAACAUGUAUUGACGGUGUUAAUAAUUAUCAGUGCCGCUGUCGUAAUGGCUUUACCGGUCAACAUUGUGAAACUAAUAUAAAUGAAUGUGCAUCGAAUCCAUGCCGUAAUCAGGGAACCUGUGUCGAUUUAGUUCUAGGAUAUCGCUGUAAUUGCCUGAACGGAUAUACUGGUGUGCACUGUGGCAGUGACAUACGCGGUUGCAGUUCAGGACCAUGUCUAAAUCAGGCAACUUGUCGUCCAUCAGUUGGAGGUGGAUUCGGUUAUACUUGCAGUUGUGCACCUGGCUACACUGGCGACUUUUGCCAG